UUCUGUUCUGAGAAGCUGAUGAAUGACCUGAACAUCAGAGGAAAAAAGGUUAAAAUUUUUCUGCGCACUAUGGGUCAAGAGCAAUCUGUGUCUUGUAAUGCUGUGACAAACUUGGAGAUAAGUGGUAUAGGCAGUAAUAAUUUCUUUGCCCUUCCUGAAGUAUACACACAAAGGGACAUGCCUGUCAAUUCUGACAAUAUUGUUACUCAAAAGGAGUUAUCCAAUUGGCCAUAUCUGGACAGAGUGAAAAUUCCACACAUUGAAGCUGAUGUUGAUUUACUGAUUGGAGCUAAUGCAUCUCAAGUAAUGGAACCUUGGGAAAUAAUUAAUAGCCAUGGUAAUGGACCAUAUGCUUUUAGAACCCUAGUAGGAUGGGUAGUCAGUGGACUUUCUGAAAGGAGUAAUGACUGUGGGGAUGAAAUUGGUUCACCUUCUGUUACAGUCAACAGGAUUUCAAUCGGAAAGCUUGAGCACUUGCUUCACAAUCAGUAUAACCAGGACUUCAGUGAAAAUCUUGUGGAUAAGAAUGAGAUGUCUAGAGAAGAUCUACAGUUUAUGAAAAUAAUGAAGGACUCUGUCAAAUUACAGCAUGGUCACUAUAGUUUGAAGCUACCAUUUCGUAAUGAUGUCAAGUUACCUGACAAUUUGUGUGUUGCCAAACAGCGCUGUAGUGGUUUGAAGAGGAAGUUGGAAAGGAAUGAAAAACUUCAUGAAGAAUACACAAAGUUCAUUGCUGAUGUUCUGGAGAAAGGUUAUGCAGAAAUGGUGCCACCAGACCAGUUGAAGCGUGAUGAUGGAAAAGUCUGGUAUGUUCCUCACCAUGGAGUAUUCCAUUCAAAGAAAGGAACCCUAAGAGUGGUAUUUGAUUGUGGGGCAACAUUCAAAGGAACAUCAUUGAACAAUCAACUAUUGCAAGGUCCCAACUUUACAAAUUCACUUCUAGGAGUUUUGCUACGAUUUAGACAGGAGCCCAUAGCCUUGAUGGCUGACAUUCAAGCUAUGUUUCACCAGGUCAGGGUGGCAGAAGAGGAUGUAGAUUUCCUUCGAUUUCUGUGGUGGUCUGACGGAAACCUGAAUCAAGAACUCACUACUUGCAGGAUGAUAGUUCAUCCAUUUGGAGCUGUGUCUUCUCCAAGCUGUGCUUGUUUUGCAUUAAGGCGAACUGCUGAAGAUAAUCAAUCAUUUUUUCCAUCUCAAGUAGUUGAAACAGUCUUUGAUUGUUUCUAUGUGGAUGAUUGUUUAAAGAGCAUCUCUUCUGAGGGUGAAGCUAUUGUUUUGAUAAAGGAUCUUAUUGCCUUAUGUCAGAAGGGUGGUUUCUGCCUGACUAAAUGGAUCAGUAAUGAUCGUAAAGUGUUGCAAUCUAUUCCAGAAGAACACCGAAGCAAAGACAUUCGGUGCUUGGAUCUUGACCGAGACAAAUUACCAGUGGAAAGAACUUUGGGUCUUCAGUGGGAUGCAGAAAAUGAUACAUUUCAAUUCAGGAUGCAGUUGAAAUCCCAACAAUGUACAAGAAGGGGAAUCUUGUCAGUUGUGAGCUCAGUAUAUGAUCCUAUGGGAUUUAUCGCUCCUUUAACAUUGCCUGCCAAACUACUUCUACAGGAGAUGUGUAGGCAGAGGUUGAGUUGGGAUGAACAAAUACCUCCGGGACUUCAGAGUCAGUGGACCCAUUGGAUUUCUGAAUUGAACAAGAUGGCACACUUUCAAGUAAAUCGAUGUUUCAAGCCUCCAGAUUUUGGAGAGAUAACUGAUGCCUGCUUACAUCAUUUUUCAGAUGCCUGUGAGAAGGGAUAUGGCACAGUUACUUACCUCAAAAUGAAGAACAGAGAUAAAGUGCAUGUGUCAUUUCUUCUUGGUAAAGCCAGGGUAGCACCCCUCAAGCAAGUGACCAUUCCCCGUCUGGAAUUAACAGCUGCUGUGCUUGCUGUUAAGGUAGAUGAAAUGUUGAAGAAGGAGUUAAAGAUUCAGUUAGACAACUCUGUCUUUUGGACCGAUAGCAUGACUGUGCUAAAGUACAUCAAGAAUGAGGAUAAACGUUUUAAGACUUUUGUUGCUAAUAGAGUGUCAUAUGUAAGAGAGAGAACACUGCUUCAGCAAUGGAGAUAUGUUUCCACAAAGGAAAAUCCUGCAGAUGAUGCUUCCCGUGGAAUGCAGAUCAACACCUUUAUACACAGCAAAAGAUGGAUUGAGGGUCCCAGUUUCCUUUGGAGAACAGACGACUAUCAGAUGUCUCCAAUAGAGGAAAGCAUAAUUCCAUCAGAUGAUCCAGAAGUCAAACAAGAUAUUAAGGUAAAUGCUGUCAUCCUGCAGGACAAACAAAAUGCCACUAGCCAGUUCAUCUCUUAUUUUUCAGAUUGGAAGAGACUUAAAGUUGCAAUUGCUUGGAUUCUUAAGUUGAAGAAGCUAUUAAGGAAGUUAUGUCUCAAAAGGAAGGAGUUAUUGACUACAAAUGGCACUGCACUUGGCACUUCUAAAUCCUCCAUGGAUGCACAAAUGAACAUGUUCAAAACAACUCUGGAUAAACAGUCAUUGUCAUUGGAAAAUCUCUUAGAAGCUGAAAUGGCUAUUGUUUGUUUUAGUCAACAACAAAAAUUCCAAGAAGAGAUUGAAGCAUUAAAAUGUGGAUCAAGUGGAGUCAGAAAAGGGAGCAGUCUAUAUAGGUUAGACCCUGUCCUGGAUAAUGACAUCCUACGAGUUGGAGGGAGACUCCGUAAGGCAGCUAUGCCUGUUCAAACUAAACAUCCCAUCAUACUACACAAAGAUCAGCACAUUUCACGUCUUCUACUUCGUCAUAUUCAUGAACAACUAGGUCAUUGUGGGAGAAAUCAUAUGCUGUCUAAACUGAGACAAAACUACUGGAUUACAAAUGCUAAUGCGGCUGCUAGAAAGGUAAUUUCUAAAUGUGUAGUCUGCAAGCGUUUCAGAGGAAUGGCAAGUGAGCAAAAGAUGGCUGAUCUUCCCCUUGAACGAAUAACUCCUGAUCAUCCACCAUUCACAAAUGUUGGAGUAGAUUAUUUUGGCCCCAUCGAAGUCAAAAGAGGUCGUACUAAUGUAAAACGCUAUGGAGUCAUCUUUACAUGUAUGGCAAGUAGAGCAGUGCACCUCGAGGUGGCUUAUUCACUAGACACUGAUGGAUGUAUAAAUGCUUUAAGGAGAUUCAUUUCUCGAAGAGGUCAAGUUGUACACAUCAGAUCAGACAAUGGGACUAAUUUUAUUGGUGCCAACAGAGAACUAAAGGAAGCUAUCUCUGCAUGGAAUAUUCACCGAAUUGAAAGGGAAUUACUUCAAGCAGGAGUUCAGUGGAAUUUUAAUCCACCAUCAGGUUCCCAUUUUGGAGGCGCAUGGGAGCGCAUUAUUCGUAUGGUCAGGAAUAUUCUAUGUUCUGUACUUCGCCAGCAGACUUUGGAUGAUGAAUCCUUCCAUACUAUUCUGUGUGAAGUGGAAUCUAUUUUAAAUGACCGUCCUAUUACAAAGUUAUCUGACGACCCCAACGAUCUUGAAGCUUUAACUCCGAACCAUCUUCUACUCAUGAAAGGCAAGCCUGCUUUACCACCUGGUCUGUUUGAAAAGGCAGACAUGUACGUAAAAAGAAGAUGGAAGCAGUCAAAACCACCUAAACCAAAACCAAGACCACAGUUUAUCAAGACCAAGAUUUAA